AUGGCGCCAACAAGAACCGACUCAAGCUCAUUCGACGACGACCGUCAGAAUUCGGGACCAAGUUCCGAGAUGCCAUUCAGAAAACCCCCUAAUACAGAUGAGAGAUUUCCAAUCUGGCACAGACCUGAUGUGCACGAGAAUCCAGGACCCGAUUUCCAAAUGGCGAUCGAAGAAUGUCCUGUUACAGAGGAGAGACUGCCAUUUUGGCAGGACGACACUUGCGAGGAGGGGUUUCCAAUUGGGAAGCACAGAAGUGAGCGGUUGCGUCAAGCAGACGGUAUUGUUUCUCCCCGCGAUACCUACAACGGUUUUCGUCGUCUCGGCUGGAGCCCUCUGCUCGCAAUCGGCUCAGCCAUGAUCAUCAAUAGCAUCUUCUCAUAUCCGACUCUCCCCCCAGGACAAUUGAUUCCAGAUUUCAAGCUCAGAAUCCACACAGAGAGAAUUCAUAAAGGCAAACACGGUAGUGAUUCCGGAACUUUUGAUCACGAAGGACGUUUUAUCCCUCAGCAUUUUGAAGAUCUCUUCAGUAAAUAUGCAGGGCGGGAUAAGCAGGAUAUUACUAAGGCGGAGAUUUUUGCGUACGUCAAGAGUCAGAGAAACGUUUUGGAUGUGAUAGGUUGGGCAGCUGCGCUUUUGGAAUGGAGCGCAACGUGGCAUUUGUUGUCGCCUAAAGAUGGAAAGAUGAAGAAAGAUGAUAUCAGGAGAAUUUAUGAUGGAAGUCUUUUCUAUGAAAUUGCAGCUAGAAGGGAGAAGGAAUCUCGGGAGAAGGAAUCUCAACGAUGA